CUAGGCUUUUGCUCUGGGACCGGCUUGUGAGCCGAGCCGCGGGAAAGGCGCGUGUCGGCUUUUCACUGGCGCAGCCUCUGCCGCUGUCGCUGCCGCCCCGCCCCGGCGUAGUCACAGGCGCUGUAGUGGACUAAACGCGGCCGGUGCGUGGGCAGCCAGGGGGUCGCUAGCAGCGCGUGUGUCGCGGCUGCGCGACCAGUGACAGGUACCCAGGGGCGGCGUGGGAAGGCCUCGUGGAUGAGGAGAGGGUCUGGGGCGCGAGGCGACCCUGUGCUCAGGUCACCUUGAGCUUCCGCCUUUACCCUGACUCAGUUUCUCCUCCAUCGUCUCAGCCUUCCUCCUCCUCAGGAGCCCAGGUUGUCCGCAGUGGUCGUCGGUGCAAGGGCUUUGCUAUAAAAUGGAACUUCUGAUUGCACUCACUGGACUAUGGCUGUUCUCUUCAGUAAAGGCAGAUUCAAAAGCCAUUACAACCUCUCUUACAACAAAGUGGUUUUCCACCCCACUGUUGUUAGAAGCCAGUGAGUUUUUAGCAGAAGACAGUCAAGAGAAAUUUUGGAAUUUUGUAGAAGCCACUCAAAAUAUUGGAUCAUCAGAUCAUCACGGUACUGAUUAUUCCUAUUAUCAUUCGAUUUUGGAAGCUGCAUUUCAGUUUUUGUCACCUCUACAGCAGAAUUUGUUGAAAUUUUGUCUGUCUCUUCGUUCCUACUCGGCUACAAUUCAGGCCUUCCAGCAGAUAGCAGCUAAUGAGCCUCCACCAGAAGGAUGUGAUUCAUUUUUUUCAGUUCAUGGAAAGAAGACCUGUGAUUUUCAUACUUUGGAGACUCUUCUACUUACAGCAUCUGAGAGACCCAAACCUUUGUUGUUCAAAGGAGAUCACAGAUAUCCCUCAUCCAAUCCUGAAAGCCCAGUGGUGAUUUUCUACUCUGAAAUUGGCUAUGAGAACUUUUCUAAUUUCCACCACCAACUUAUAUCAAAAAGCAAUUUAGGCAAAAUCAAUUAUGUAUUCAGACAUUAUUUAUCUAAUCCCAGAAGGGAGCCAGUUCAUCUCUCUGGUUAUGGUGUGGAAUUGGCCAUUAAGAGCACUGAGUACAAGGCCAAGGAUGAUACUCAGGUGAAAGGAACUGAGGUAAACACUACAGUAAUUGGUGAAAAUGAUCCUAUUGAUGAAGUUCAGGGAUUCCUCUUUGGAAAAUUAAGAGACUUACACCCUGACCUGAAGGAACAGUUGAAAGAACUCAGAAAGCAUCUUGUAGAGAGUACCAAUGAAAUGGCACCUUUGAAAGUUUGGCAGUUGCAAGACCUCAGUUUCCAGGCUGCUGCCCGAAUCUUGUCUGCUCCUGUGGAGUUGGCUUUAGUGGUGAUGAAAGAUCUUAGUCAGAAUUUUCCUACCAAAGCCAGAGCAAUAACGAAAACAGCUGUGAGUUCGGAGCUUCGAACUGAAGUGGAAGAGAAUCAGAAGUAUUUUAAGGGAACUUUAGGAUUACAGCCUGGAGACUCUGCUCUCUUCAUCAAUGGGCUUCAUAUUGAUUUAGAUACACAGGAUAUAUUCAGUUUGUUUGAUGUAUUGAGGAAUGAAGCCCGGGUAAUGGAGGGUCUGCACAGACUGGGAAUAGAAGGCAUCGCUCUGCAUAAUAUUUUGAAGCUGAACAUCCAGCCUUCUGAGGCCGACUAUGCUGUAGACAUCAGGAGUUCUGCUAUUUCAUGGGUCAAUAACCUGGAGGCUGAUAGCAGAUAUAAUUCAUGGCCUUCUAGUCUACAGGAGUUACUUCGACCUACCUUUCCUGGUGUUAUUCGGCAGAUUAGGAAAAACUUGCAUAACAUGGUUAUCAUAGUUGAUCCUGCACAUGAAGCCACAGCAGAGUUGAUUAACACAGCUGAAAUGUUCCUCAGUAAUCAUAUACCAUUAAGAAUUGGUUUUGUAUUUGUGGUUAAUGACUCUGAAGAUGUUGAUGGGAUGCAAGAUGCCGGAGUGGCUGUUCUUAGAGCAUAUAAUUACGUUGUCCAAGAAGUGGAUGAUUAUCAUGCCUUUCAAACUCUGACACAUAUCUAUAACAAGGUGAGAACUGGAGAAAAAGUGAAAGUUGAACAUGUGGUCAGUGUCCUGGAGAAGAAAUAUCCAUAUGUGGAAGUGAAUAGCAUUUUGGGAAUUGAUUCUGCUUACGAUCAGAAUCGGAAGGAAGGAAGAGGCUACUAUGAGCAGACUGGUGUCGGUCCGCUGCCUGUCGUUCUGUUCAAUGGAAUGCCCUUUGAAAAGGAACAGCUAGAUCCUGAUGAGCUGGAAACCAUCACAAUGCACAAAAUCCUGGAGACCACUACCUUCUUCCAAAGAGCUGUGUACUUGGGUGAACUGUCCCACGAUCAAGAUGUGGUAGAGUAUAUCAUGAAUCAGCCGAAUGUUGUUCCACGAAUCAAUUCCAGGAUUUUGACAGCUGAGCGAGAGUACCUGGAUUUAACAGCAAAUAAUAACUUCUUUGURGAUGAUUAUGCUAGAUUUUCUGCCUUGGAUUCCCAAGGCAAGACUGCUGCUCUAGCUAAUAGUAUGAACUAUCUGACAAAGAAAGGAAUGUCCUCCAAGGAAAUCUAUGAUGAUUCUUUUAUCAGGCCAGUAACUUUCUGGAUUGUUGGAGAUUUUGAUACUCCUUCUGGAAGGCAGUUAUUGUAUGAUGCUAUCAAACAUCAGAAAUCUAGUAACAAUGUUAGGAUAAGCAUGAUCAAUAAUCCAAGUGAAGAGAUAAAUUAUGAGAACACUCAGAUCUCCAGAGCAAUCUGGGCAGCUCUCCAGACUCAGACCUCCAACUCUGCUAAGAACUUCAUCACCAAAAUGGCCAAGGAGGAGACAGCAGAGGCCCUAGCCAUAGGAGCUGACAUUGGGGAGUUCUCUGUUGGGGGCAUGGAUUUCAGUCUUUUUAAAGAGGUCUUUGAGUCUUCCAAAAUGGAUUUCAUUUUAUCUCACGCCGUGUACUGCAGGGAUGUUCUGAAGCUGAAGAAAGGACAGAGGGCAGUGAUCAGCAAUGGAAGGAUCAUUGGGCCUCUGGAGGACAAUGAGCUUUUUAACCAAGAUGAUUUCCACCUCCUAGAAAAUAUCAUUUUGAAAACUUCUGGGCAGAAAAUAAAAUCUCAUAUUCAGCAGCUUCGAGUAGAAGAAGAUGUGGCAAGUGACUUGGUAAUGAAGGUGGAUGCUCUCCUGUCAGCUCAACCCAAAGGAGAUGCAAGAAUUGAGUACCGGUUUUUUGAAGACAGACACAGUGCAAUUAAACUGAGGCCAAAGGAAGGGGAGACGUACUUUGAUGUUAUGGCUGUCGUUGACCCUGUCACCAGAGAAGCACAGAGGCUUGCCCCAUUGCUCUUGGUUUUAACUCAGCUUAUAAACAUGAACCUAAGGAUAUUUAUGAACUGCCAAUCGAAACUUUCGGACAUGCCUUUAAAAAGCUUUUACCGUUAUGUCUUAGAACCAGAGAUUUCUUUCACUUCAGAUAAUAGCUUUGCUAAGGGUCCAAUAGCAAAGUUUUUGGAUAUGCCACAGUCUCCACUGUUCACUCUGAACUUGAACACACCUGAGAGUUGGAUGGUAGAAUCUGUCAGAACACCAUAUGACCUUGAUAACAUUUACUUAGAAGAGGUGGACAGCAUAGUGGCUGCUGAGUAUGAGCUGGAGUAUCUGUUACUAGAAGGCCACUGCUAUGACAUCACCACAGGCCAACCCCCACGAGGCCUGCAGUUUACAUUGGGAACUUCAGCUGACCCAGUYAUUGUGGACACCAUUGUUAUGGCCAAUCUGGGCUACUUUCAGCUAAAAGCCAACCCAGGAGCUUGGCUUCUCAGACUUAGAAAGGGACGGUCCGAAGAUAUUUAUAGAAUCUACAGCCACGACGGUACAGAUUCUCCUCCUGAUGCUGAUGAGGUGGUUGUCGUCCUCAACAACUUCAAAAGCAAAAUUAUUAAAGUGAAGGUUCAGAAGAAGGCAGACAUGGUGAACGAAGACUUGCUGAGUGACGGGACAAAUGAGAAUGAAUCUGGAUUUUGGGACUCAUUCAAAUGGGGCUUUUCAGGAGGCCAGAAGGCAGAAGAAGUGAAACAAGAUAAAGAUGACAUAAUUAACAUUUUCUCUGUUGCAUCUGGUCAUCUCUAUGAAAGAUUUCUUCGCAUAAUGAUGCUAUCAGUGCUAAAGAAUACUAAGACUCCUGUGAAGUUCUGGUUCUUGAAGAAUUAUUUGUCCCCCACAUUUAAGGAGUUUAUACCUUACAUGGCAAAUGAAUACAAUUUCCAGUAUGAACUUGUUCAGUACAAAUGGCCUCGGUGGCUUCAUCAACAGACUGAAAAACAGCGUAUCAUCUGGGGCUACAAGAUUCUUUUCCUGGAUGUACUUUUCCCAUUAGUUGUUGACAAAUUUCUGUUUGUGGAUGCUGAUCAGAUUGUACGAACAGAUCUGAAAGAGUUAAGAGAUUUCAAUUUGGAUGGUGCCCCUUAUGGUUAUACUCCUUUCUGUGAUAGCCGAAGAGAAAUGGAUGGCUACAGAUUCUGGAAGUCAGGGUACUGGGCUAGUCACUUAGCUGGGCGAAAGUAUCAUAUCAGUGCACUCUAUGUUGUGGAUCUGAAGAAAUUUAGGAAAAUAGCAGCUGGUGACAGACUCAGGGGACAGUACCAAGGUCUGAGUCAAGAUCCUAACAGCCUUUCAAAUCUUGACCAAGAUUUGCCCAAUAACAUGAUCCAUCAGGUGCCAAUCAAAUCCCUCCCUCAAGAAUGGCUUUGGUGUGAAACAUGGUGUGAUGAUGCUUCUAAGAAAAGGGCAAAAACCAUUGAUCUGUGUAAUAAUCCAAUGACCAAAGAGCCCAAGCUGGAGGCUGCUGUGCGGAUUGUCCCAGAGUGGCAGGACUAUGAUCAAGAGAUCAAACAGCUACAGAACCGUUUUCAGAAAGAGAAAGAAAUAGGAAUACUAUAUAAGGGGAAGACAAAAAAUCAGAGCCAAGAAGAAUAUCAGAAACAUGAAGAAUUAUGAUCUCUGGAGAAGAUAAGAAAUGACACCAUUUGAAAAACAGUUUUAUACUAAAUGCUAGUUUUUUCUGAUCUGUCUAUACAACUGCUGGUAAUUGACUGGGCAGGUGUGCCACACCUUUUGAUUCUGAGCAUUUGACUUUGACUUCCAGUGGAUGCUGGAUUUGGGGGGUUAAGGCUCUAUUGGAUAUGUACCUCAGAGGAAGACAAGUGGCUGAUCUUUUGGGACUCUGUAAAGAGCAGUCUUCUUACUAGAAGAAGAAAUGGCAGCAGCAACUGGAAGAAAACAAGUCCUUUUUUUACCAAAAUGAUCACAUACAUGCUGUACUGUCAUGGGAAGGAGACCAGCAGAGAUGCCAUGUUCUUCCUUACCUCAGCUUACCUGUAGCUCAGGCUGCACUGCAGAUGCCCACCUGUUCUGGUUCAGGCCAGCAGAAGCCUUAUCCAAGGUCUACACACCUGGAGGUUUAUGCCAACAUGUUUCUUCCUAGCCCCCUUCUCCCCACCCCUUACCAACCCCACAUUGUUUUCCCAAGUGUUAGCAUCGUUGUUUAAUUGAAACCCAUCCAACAAUCAUGUAUCUUUAAGGUUGGCUUGGUGCAGUGGCUAAGCAAAUUAAUCUGGGAGCUGGAUGGGUGUGGGUUGGGGAGAUGGUACGGAAGAUAGCACAGUAGAAGGGCUCUGUGUGUUGGGGGAGGAAGACUAGAAAUUGGCCAUCCUCUUUUAUAAACCAUCAGUAGUAUUGUGGCUAAUUUGAAAUGAAAACAUUAUUCCUGUUCUCUACCCAGUCCCAGUGAACUUUCUAGGUAAUUAUUUUGUAAACAGUUUUUGUACUUUUGAAAAUCCUUACUUUUUCCUCCCACUUUCUUAAAAGAACAUCUGUUAUCAGUUUCCUGACUGGACACAGCCAUAGUAAGUCCCUCUAGUGAUCCAUCUCUGAGGGCUUGGGCUCCCUCAGGAUGAUCACCGUAUUGUUUGCCCUUUCCUGCUUACUCUUCUCUCAGACCCAGGGGACAUUUGGCUUGGACUUUUCUUACCAAAAUGCUCCUGCUUCUAAGUCCAGGAAGGAUUCUGACUUCAGAACUUGUAUUUUUCUCUAUACUGUCCCAUAUCCCUUUUACUUUAGAUCUGUUGGUUACCUUCAACUUCCAGAAAAUGACUGAGUCCACACUAGUUCUGACACAAUUUGACUGCAUCACAAAGCACUGUCAGCCCUUUAGUCUAUUUUGUGUGUCUUCACUGCAGUGGCUCAGUGUCGCCCCAUGGGAGCAGCCUUUCCUAACCGAUGGGCUGUUAGGUUCCUGGAUGUGGUGUUGGCCUGUGCAGGUGUGAGAUGCCAUCUCUGCCCAGGCGCGUAGAGUUCAGCAGUUUGUGCACUGAUGGGCACCACAUCUGCCUACCCGUUCACACAGGCUUAUUCUUUCCUCUUUUGCCUGCUUUUUUAAAAUAUGAAAAAGGCUAAGGAACUCAGUGGUAGAGUGUUGGCCUAACAUGAGCAAGGCCCCAGCAUCACCAAGAAAUUUUAAAAAUGAGCUGGCACAAGUGCAUAGCCACAUCCUCACCCUUCUGAGCCAGGUAACACGCUGACGGGCAGUCUUUUUAAAAAAUCACAAUCUUAUCACAAAUACAAGUAACUUGAUUUUUUCUGUUUUCAAAUGCAGAAGUUAGCUUAGGAGCCUCCUAGUCAGUCUGGAGGAGCUUUUUUGACUCUGGUUUCAUUAUUUCAUUAAAAGUUGGGUAGGGGAAAACUCAGAAGAGAAUUCAAUAGAUAAGUUUGUCUGAGACUGGAAAGGUCACUCAGAGUGGCUGCUGUGACGAAGGCUGUGGCAUGAUUUCACCCUGCCCCACCCCACCUCUUGCCUGGUCCAAGCAGCUGAAGGAAUAGGAUCAGUGGAAUCAAGAAACAUUUGUCGAGGCUUCAUCUUCACAUUUAGUUAAGCUUUCAGAGAGACUGCUGCAGCUGCUGUCUACAACUGUGGGAAGAAAUGUGCAUUUUCCCAUUGUGUCGUCUGGGAGGUCGAGCAGGAAAUGCUUGAGUCACUAGGACAUGCUUUUAAAUGCUGUUCCCACCAGCCAUCCUUCUCCCGGCUCUCUGGUCUUAUGCUUAUUCUGCAUGGAAGAAAGAUAUACAGAGUAAAAUGUAUUCUUUGUAGGGUGUGUGUCCUAAUGUCAUUCAUUGCCUCUCUUUUGUCACCAUCCUGACAUCUGUCUUAUUAAUAGCUGAUGCUGAUUAUGUGAGGCCCAGCUUCUAGAGUGGUCUAGACCUUCCUUCUGCCAGUUUCUUUCCUGGCUGCAUGUGGCAUAAUCACUUCUCCAAAUUAAACAAAUGCUCCAGGAAAGGAUGUUGCCACUAAAAUGGGAUCCUAAUCAGCUUUGCUGUUGUCUCUACUGUGAGAAAGCAUCCUGUGACUAAAAAAACAGAUAAGAAAUUUUAUUUUCCAAGAAGCAAGAGCUGAUUGUGCAGAAUGUUCUAGCUUCAGGGAACUGAUCACAGCACAUUGUUCUUAGAAAACAUUUGUAUGUAAUGUUUUUUUUCUUUCUUUCUUUUUCAUCAUGCCAUAGUAGAGAGUUUCCUUUUUGAAUCAGUUGGCAGAGUAAUAUGAAAUAAUGUGACAUGCAGGACUGUGAGCCUGUUUUUAUGUUCUGUGAACAGUGAUAUGUGAUUGACAUCACUGCCUACUUCUGGGCUGGGGGGCAUGCCACCAUCAGAGUCUCUGGACUCCUGGGUUUGGUUAAAAAUAUGCUGAAUACUUACCCACAUGGACAGUGAUAGCAUGUUGGUUUUCUAUAAGAUUGACUGUGAGUCUGUCAGAAUGUUGCAUUUCAAGUUGAACAUACUGAUGUGUGCAUAUCUAAGCUAUCUGAUAGGCCUAUGCAUUGUGUUUGAUUCCUGGGAGACGCAGAUUACAUGAAUUAUGUAUAUUAAGAAACAAUUUGCAUAAAUGGAGCUUAAUCUCUUCUGUUCUUACAUCCUGUCCUGUUCUGAGUUUUGUUAAAACUCUGCUUGAAUAACUUUUACCUGGUUUGGGGGACUGGGCUCCUGAAUGAAGGCUGAGGGCUGGGGAUGGAAAUCAGUUAUUGAAAGACUGGCCCAGGUGAUAGGGAGGAAAGAAUUCCUAAUUUAGGUAAGAAGUAUACUUCUCUGACACCUUAAUUUGGACACUACCUGAAUUCUACCCACAAAAAAAGUGACUCCCUAACUCCCAUCUCCCCCAUGAAUAAAUUUUUACUUACAUGAAAGCAGUCCUUUUCUAAGAUUGCUGUUCAUUGCUCUUCCUAAUUUGACGUAAGUUAAAAAAUAGUUCAAUUUAGGAGUUAUGAGAGCUGGUCCAUUUUUCUAGAUAGAAUUUCAUGGAAAUAGAAGUGGAAAUGUCCAGCCACCUGAUGAACUUUG